CUCCUUCACUUCCGCUGUGAGAGCACUUAGUGUGCAUAAUGUCGGCAAGUUUACACCUUCUUUAACCUGAUAUGUUGCAUGUCUAAGAUGCAUCUAUAUACAUUUGCUUUGUCUCGGACUAAUCGGUAGACUCAACUGACAAGGCUUAGAUGAAUUGCUUAAAACAAGUAUUUUCACAAUAUGUGAGAUUAUUCGGAUAAAACAGAGCAUUGGAGUGGCGACUUACAAUGUAUGUUCUGUUUUCAGUGUCGAAUUGUGUUCCUUAGAGCAUAAAACACUCCAAUAAAUACACAAAUAUACUUGGGACUACGUAUCCCACAAUGCAACGUAACCGUCUCUUCUCAAUGACGUCAUAGCUGCGCGCCUCAUCUGGCUCUGCUGGAUGACAACAUUCUUUCUGGCUCGCCGCUUUAAAGUAACAAAGAAACCGUAGCAAUGUCCCAGCAAGCAGGCCACCCGGCCUCGGACAAUCCUGCGCUGGUGGUCACCAGCAACGUGCAUCAGUACUCCAUGAAGAAGAAGAAGGUCUUGAACGCGGAGGACAGUGAGCUGUUUGAACUGAGCCAGGCUGCAGGCAUCAGUGUGGACCAGGAGGUGUUCAAGAUCAUGGUGGACUUGCUGAAGAUGAACGUGGCCCCGCAAGCCGUCUUUGAGACUUUGAAGGCCAUGUCUGCAGGCCAGAAGUUCCCCGAGAGUAGCAGCGGGGACUGUGCAAGCACCUCCCACGGCCCCGGGGUCCCCCCUGCGACGGCAGAGGCCAGAGACGAGUGUUCGCUCUCUGGGAGGAGCCCAAAGCUUCCUGCAGCGUCGGGCCCCAGGGCCGCGAGGGUCAGCACUAAGAUUGUGGUCUACGGCCCCCAAGAUGUUAACUCUCAAGCAGUACGAAGCAAAGCAUCAGCGGCCCCCACAUCCUCAGCCAGCCACAGCGAGAAGAGCCGCGAGGCCUCCAGCCAGCGAGUGCAGCGGCAGCCCAGCGCCACUAGAGGGCAGAAGACAAAAAGCUCCGGCAGCAGUAGCUCCUCCUCGCAGAUGAACUCAACCUAAAACAGUCAGUCUUUUUCUGCUUUACUUCCUCUUCAAAUAUGCUUCAUUAACAUACUUUUACUGUAUUAACACAUACCUAGAAAAGAAAAUAUUCGCACCAAGGCAGCUGUUACUCCAAGCAAUUAUGUCCCCCAAUUAUUUGCUGUUGUUGCAUUUUGUCCGUAAUACAAUUUAUUGUACAACAUUUUUUUUGUUUUUUUAAAUAAAC